CACGUGGUCCCGGGUUGGGAAAGCCGGGCUUUGCAUUGCACGUCGGAGUGCUUGCAAAAAAAAAAACCCCGGCUCCUCUCCGGCGCUUGCUGGAAUGAGGUGGCUGCUGGGGGGGAAAAAGGGGUUUUUGGGGGGUUUUGGGGGGGUCCCCCUUGGGGCAUGGAGAAGGGGCGCCUGGGGUCGGCGGAAGGGGCGCCCGGGUCCUGCCUCGUGUCUCCGGCAAACGGCGAGCCGACUUUGGCUGGGCUGCUGCGGGAGGUCUAGCCGGUGGGCGGGCGAAGCUUGGAGGAGAGCGGCGAGUCUGGGCAGCUGCAGCGCCCGGUGGAAGUGUCUUGCAAUGGCUGAGCACCUGGGAAGUCUGGAAAACAGCCUGGCUAAGAGGCCGAGGGACGGGGAUGGCAAGGAGGAGAAGGAGGCCGGGAAGCAGGAGGAGAACGGACACGAUGCCAAAAGGCUCAAGGACGGCGAGGACGAGGUCAAGGACGAGACGAAGAAGUUCCCCAAGAAGAAAGUUGUGCUGUUGCUGGUGUAUUGUGGGAAAGGCUACCAUGGAAUGCAGCGCAAUGUGAAAAGUUCCCAGUAUAGGACAAUUGAGGAUGACUUAGUAUCAGCCCUCAUAAAAUCCGGAUGUAUUCCGGAAAACCACGGAGAAGACAUGAAGAAAAUGUCGUUUCAGAGAUGCGCUAGGACCGAUAAGGGUGUGUCUGCAGCCGGACAGAUCGUUUCCUUGAAGGUCUGGAUGAUCGAAGAUAUUUUACAGAAGAUUAACGAACAUCUUCCUUCUCACAUAAGAAUUUUAGGGCUGAAAAGAGUGACUGGGAAAUUCAAUUCCAAGAACAGAUGUGAUGCCCGGACCUAUUCCUACAUGCUGCCGACGUUCUCCUUUGCCCACAAGGAUGACACACCUCAGGAUGAAACUUACCGCUUGAGUGCCGAGACUUUGGAGGCCGUCAACGACCUCCUGGCUUGCUACAAGGGCACCCACAACUUCCAUAACUUCACCUCCCAGAAGGGCCCCAAGGAUCCCAGCGCCAAACGUUACAUCAUGGAGAUGUUUUGCGAAGAGCCCUUCGUGAGGGACGGCUUGGAGUUUGCGGUGGUCAAGGUGAAAGGACAGAGUUUCAUGAUGCACCAGAUCCGGAAAAUGAUCGGCUUGGUGAUCGCCGUCGUCAAGGGCCACGCCGCCAAAUCCAUCAUGGAACAGAGUUGGGGAGAGGAGAAGGUAGACAUUCCCAAAGCUCCAGGGCUGGGUCUGAUUUUGGAACGGGUUCACUUUGAGAGCUACAAUCAGCGGUUUGGGGACGAUGGUCUCCACGAAGCCCUGGAAUGGGCAGAAGAAGAGGAGAAGAUCAUGGCUUUCAAAGAGCAGCACAUCUAUCCCACCAUUAUCAAUACGGAGAAGGAAGAAAGGUCCAUGAUGAACUGGCUGGAGACCCUCUUCAACCAUCAGUUUGAUUCCACCAUCUUAAGGUUGCAGGAAGAUCCCAGAGAUGCCAAGUCUGAUCCUGAAGGCAGCGAUGGAUGUGAAGACAAUUCUGAUUGAGGAUUUCAGGCACACUUUGAUACCCUGGAUUCAAGUCCCUUUGGCCAGAAAAUCAAGCUUUUCUCAAUGAUGGAUAUUCCUUAGUCUUGAACAGAGACGAAGAAGGGCAGAAAUGAUGUUUUCCCCCCUUCUCUGCAGCAAUGGAAAAGGAGACAUGAUGAACAAACACUGCUUCAAUUAUGCUCGAUAAAAAAAAUGAUUUUUUAAAAAUGUGUCGGAGGAAAAUAAUUAUCGGACUCUGAUAGAUAAGUGCAAGCCGUUAAGAAUGCUGUUCCUUUCUGGUUUUUCCAAACAGCCAAAAUUAAUUGUUCUUUCGGAAAGCUUUCUUCUGAUUAUCGGCUCAGCCAAGUAAUAAGGUUUUUGGAAACUUGUUUCUUCCUUUUGUAAAAACAAUAUAUUUUUAAUUUUUAUUUUAUUUUCACUUUCUCAUAGACCAAAUAAUGUGGUGGUUGAAACAAACUCUGGGUUGGAACAUUUUGAGUUUCAUCUCCAUUUUUUUUUAAGAAAACUGUCUAUUUCAAGGUUUUUUUUUUUAAUGCUCCUUUUGAAAUAAUAAUAACAACAAUAAAGGCUUCUUAUGACACAAGGUACAAAGGUUUUUUAAAAAUGAUUUCCAAUCCAGGCUGCAUGUAAUGCUGCCAUAACUUUGUUGAUCUGGGGGAAGGUCGGAGAAUAUUCCCAGCGUUGGAAGCCAUCAAGAAAAAGAAAUCAGAAUGUAGUUGUUUUGCUUACUAGGUGACUAUCAGUACAGGUAGUCGUCGAUUUAACUAUUCAUUUAGUGACCGUUUGAAGUUACAACGACACUGAAAAAGCGACUGAAUAUUUGCAAGUCAAGGACGAGUAUAUGGAUGAUUAUGAAUUCCCUAAUUAAAAAAACAGAAUAAAAGGAACAGCUUAGCUGCAAAUAAA